CUUUGGACCACCCGCGCCUCCCCUCCGACCAACAAAUCAGUUCGUUUCCAUCUUGAAGAGAAAAUGGCGCGUGUUCUGGUUGGAGUUAAGCGUGUGAUCGACUAUGCCGUCAAGGUCCGCGUCAAGCCAGACAAGACCGGUGUGGUCACCCAGGGCGUGAAGCACUCGAUGAACCCCUUCGACGAGAUUGCCGUCGAGGAGGCCGUCAAGCUGAAGGAGAAAAAGUUGGCCGAGGAGGUCAUCGCCGUGUCCGUGGGCCCCACACAGUCGCAGGAGGUUAUCCGCACCGCCCUGGCCAUGGGUGCCGAUCGUGGCGUCCACGUGGAGAUUCCAGCCGCCGAAUACGAGCUGUUGCAGCCCAUCCACGUGUCCAAGAUCCUGGCUAAGCUGGCGUUGGACGAGAAGGCCGAUUUGGUAAUCCUGGGCAAGCAGGCCAUCGAUGACGAUGCCAACCAGACGGCCCAGAUGACCGCUGCCGUGCUCGACUGGCCGCAGGGCACCUUCUGCAACAAGAUCGAGAAGACGGACGCCGGUCUGACCAUUACACGUGAGAUUGACGGAGGUCUGGAGACCAUCAAGACCAAGACACCAGCCGUCUUGAGCGCUGAUUUGCGCCUGAACACGCCCCGUUACGCCACGCUCCCCAACAUCAUGAAGGCCAAGAAGAAGCCACUGAAGAAGGUCACGGCCAAGGAUCUGGGAGUGGAUACCUCACCCGCAUCGAGGUCGUUUCCGUGGAGGAUCCACCAGUGCGCCAGGCUGGCGCUACCGUCGCCGAUGUGGAUGCCCUGGUGGCCAAGCUGAAGGAGGGCGGCCACAUCUAGGCAGUUAUCCAAAUAUUGUGAGCGAAGAUUCUACGUUUUUUAAUUAGUUGAAACUUAUAUAUCAGAAACGUGCAUUUAUAUCCAGCCUCCGCGUCGGAUCCGCUGACAGGCUCUUAAAAUUCUACCCACAUCCCCGCGUGCUUUAAGUGAACUCUAAAUUGGAAUUUAGUAACGUUGUUUUGUGUCGCAGCUCCUAAGAAUAAAGUGAUUGUAAGCUCUGAAGUCGUA